AUGCAAUACAACAUCCAAACCACACAAAAAGAAAAUUCCUCUGAAAAUAAAGAUAAUUAUAUUAUCCCUGGUUUAUUCUGGGAUCCAGCCUGUAUUAUUGUUUAA